CAGAAAUCAGUACAUGAGUCAAAGCUGAGUGGAUUUUUUCCUCCAAAGGAAGAUGUGAAGAUGAAUGUUGCAUAAAGUGGAUUUUUGAUACACCUGGUUCUGUUUUCUAUCUUUACUGUGACUCCAUACUGUAUGUAUGGCCGCUACACCCAGGAGCUGGGGGUGUAUGCCAAAGAGGAAGCGGCCCGCCUACGGGAUGGAGGAGCGCGUGAUGGCGGUGGACUGCGGAGGAACACCAGCGUCCGUAGUCGUGCUGCAGAUCUGCUGGAGUAUGAGAAAGACCCCUGUGCUAAGUGCCAGAUGUGUGCGUCUCGCUGUCAGAAGUUCCUGAUCUCACGGGUAGGGGAGGACUGGAUCUUCCUUAUUCUGCUUGGUCUGCUCAUGGCUUUGGUCAGCUGGGUCAUGGACUAUGCCAUCGCUUUCUGCCAAGAAGCACAGAAGUGGAUGUAUGGUGGACUGGACAGUAACUUGCUCCUGCAGUACAUUGCCUGGGUCACCUACCCCGUAGUGCUCAUCACUUUCUCAGCAGGAUUCACACAGAUACUGGCUCCUCAGGCUGUGGGUUCAGGUAUUCCUGAGAUGAAAACGAUACUGAGAGGGGUGGUCCUGAAGGAAUACCUGACUUUUAAAACAUUUGUGGCCAAAGUCAUCGGCCUGACCUGUGCUCUGGGCAGUGGGAUGCCUCUGGGGAAGGAGGGACCUUUCGUUCAUGUUGCCAGCUUGUGUGCCGCUCUCCUCAGCAAAUUCAUGGCUGCCCUUUUUGGAGGGAUUUACAUGGAAGAGCCCUUUGAGGGAAGCAAGAACGAGCUGAGGAACACAGAAAUGCUGUCGGCUGCCUGUGCAGUGGGUGUUGGCUGCUGCUUUGCUGCCCCUAUUGGAGGGGUGCUGUUCAGUAUUGAGGUCACAUCAACGUUUUUUGCUGUGAGGAACUACUGGAGGGGCUUCUUUGCUGCCACCUUCAGUGCCUUCAUAUUCAGAGUGCUGGCAGUGUGGAACCAGGAGGAAGAGACAAUCACUGCUCUCUUCAAGACCCGCUUCCGCUUGGACUUCCCAUUUGACCUUCAGGAGCUGCCUGCAUUCGCCAUCCUCGGGAUCGCCUGUGGUUUUGGGGGUGCACUGUUUGUCUACCUGAACAGGCUGAUUGUGGAGUGCAUGAGGAAACAGAAGACCAUUAACAAGUUCUUACUGAGGAAGCGUCUGGUGUAUCCGGCUCUCGUCACCCUGCUGGUCUCCACACUCACGUUCCCUCCGGGCUUCGGACAGUUCAUGGCUGGACAGCUGACACAGCACGAGUCCCUGGUUGCACUUUUUGACAACCGUACCUGGUGCCGUCAGGGCGUCGCAGAGGAGUUCGACUACAUCAGCCACCACCAUGCCUGGAAACACCCCCAGGUCAACGUCUUCAUCACACUCAUCCUCUUCAUCAUCAUGAAGUUCUGGAUGUCUGCUGUGGCCACCACCAUGCCUGUUCCAUGCGGGGCUUUCAUGCCAGUUUUUCUCAUCGGAGCAGCUUUUGGCAGACUUGUUGGAGAGAUUAUGGCAGCCAUGUUUCCUGAUGGGAUACAUGCUGACGGCAGCGUGUAUCCCAUAGUUCCUGGAGGUUAUGCUGUAGUAGGUGCUGCAGCGUUGUCUGGAGCAGUCACCCACACUGUAUCCACUGCGGUCAUAGUGUUUGAGCUGACUGGUCAGAUCUCCCACAUCCUCCCUGUGAUGAUAGCUGUGAUCCUGGCUAACGCCGUGGCCCAGGCGCUCCAACCAUCGCUCUACGACUCCAUAAUCCGCAUCAAGAAGCUUCCCUAUCUGCCUGAACUUGGCAUGGGACAUCAUGAGAAGUAUAAUAUCCGUGUGGAGGACAUCAUGGUCAGGGAUGUGCGCUUCAUUACUCUUAGUUCUUCCUAUCGAGAGCUGCAGGAGAUGCUUCUGACUGCUCAGCUCAAAACACUCGCCCUGGUUGAAUCUAGAGAGUCCAUGAUCCUGCUGGGCUCCAUAGAGCGCCUGCAGCUCCAAUCUCUGCUCUCUCUACAGCUGGGCCGCCAAAGGAGGUUAGAGUACCUUCGUCAGCUGGCCCAGGACAAUGGCACCAACGACCACCUGCCCAGCCUGACCACUGACAGCACUCCCAGCUCCCCCUGCUCCCACACCCACAUCAACUCCUCCACCAAUACCAGCACUAACACUCGCCAAGUGGUCCGCUUCCUGGUGAGCACCCAACAGAUCUCCACAGAAGAAUCUUCCUCCUUCAGCCCUGUGGUUUCCAAUGUCCAGCUUCCUCUGAAAUCUGCUCUGAAAACAGUGUCUGCCAUCAGCGACACAGAGACACCAAAUAGCUCUCAGACCCUCUCCUGUGCAGACCAAGACAAGGAGCUGCUGGAGGAUUCUGCUGAAGUAGAAGACUGCAUGACUCCAUCAGAGAUAGCAGAGUGGGAGGAGCAGCAGCUGGAUGAAGCUGUGGAUUUUAAAAACUGUAAGAUUGAUCCUGCCCCUUUCCAGUUGGUGGAGCAAACAUCUCUACAUAAGACUCACACCAUCUUCUCUCUGCUGGGCCUGGAUCAUGCUUAUGUGACCAGCAUGGGGCGCCUAGUUGGAGUUGUCUCUCUCAAAGAGCUGCGCAAGGCUAUUGAGGGCUCAGUGACGGUGACUGGGGUUAAAGUUCGCCCUCCAUUGGCCAGUUUCCGUGACUCUGGGAACACCACAAAUGUAUCUGAAGUAACUGAACUACACAAGCUGUGCAUUCGCCACAGAGGACUCUCAUUGCCAAGGGAACCCAACCCCCCUGAUGUGGAGGAUCAGCCAGAUCUCCAGUAUAAAGAGAUCCCUGUCAACUUCUCGGACCAAUCAGAUUUACAGUUUGAAACAUGCCCUGGUGAUGACACAAAUGAUUCAGCUGAAUUAGUUCUCCAGGAAAGCCCCUCGUUCACCGAGGACCAAUCGGAAUUUACUUUUGACUGCAGCCCCUCCCACACAGAGGAAACAGACCUGGCCUGUGACUAUGACCCUCCGAGCCAAACUCCUGAUCCAGAUGAAACAGAGCUAGAACAGGGGAGUCCAUCGCCAAACAAGGACCAAUCAGAACUUGAGGGAGAGGAUAGCCCCACUCACACUGGGGAUCAAUCAGAGUUAUCAGAGGGGAUCCACACUCUUGCUUCAUGAAUGUUUACGUUUAUUACACUUCUAGAGGUCAGUCACACCUCAAAGUCCAGCCUAGAUACCUGUGUUUCUAACUUUUGUUGCGGCAGAAGCGAGCAGGUGAGAGUGAGCGUGAGUAGAUGUGACAUUUGUAUUGUGUUUCAAACUGUGUAAAUGUGUGGAUGAAAGCUGGUGUCAUUCAAUUUUUUAACAAGUCCCAUGAACAGACCAGAACAGACUAUGGGUUGUCUCAGCUGUCCCCUGACACCCUUGCUUUUUCUGUGGCUCAUUCAUUGGGGGGAAAUCUGGUUGUGCUGUCAGAAAAUUAUUUUACCACACUUUAGUAGGCAGCUCUGAAUCUGAGACCAGCAGUUCAAGACUACAUCAUCUGCAUAUAAGAAUCAAAGACAUGGAUUUACAGCCAAACUUACUGUAGUAAAGUUGUCUCUUUAAGCUUACAUGGAUAUUUCUGCACAAAAAAUAUCCAUUUUACCAGCUUCUGUGGUGCCAUCCAUUCAUCCAUUCAUCUGUUUUCUUUAGCUUAUACAUGGCCAGGUCUCUGUGGCUGCAGGCUUAGCAGGUUAGCUCAGACAUCCUCCUCUCCAGCAGUGAUUUUAGGCUCCUCAUGGGGGAUCCCCAGGCAUUCCCUGGCCAGAUGUUACAUACUAUCUCUCCAGCAAACUGUUAAGGUCUUCUUCUGGAAUGUAUCAGGAAAAACUACUUAUCAGAUGCCCAAACAACCUCAGGUGACUCCUCCAUUAUAAAUGAAAGAGUAGCAGCUUCUCUCUGAGCUCCCUCUGGAUGUUUGAGCUCCUUAUCGUGUCUCUUAGGCUGAGCCCAGCUACUCGGCUGAGGAAACUCACUUUGGCUGCUUUUAUCUGUUAUCUUAUUCUUACCACAACUACUUUGACCUUGGGUUGGAACGUAGAACCGCCAGCAAAAGAGGUCCUUAAACCGGACACUUCCCUUCCUAAACAAUGCCUUGAAAUCCUGUGCAUAAAAUCUGAAACAGAAUGAGAAGGCACCCAGGCUUAGAAGCAUACGCUAAAUGUACCCCCUAGGAGGAAGCCCUUGGGGAUAUGGCUGGAAAAAAAUCAGACCGACAAGCCUGGUCCACUGCCCCUCAAGCACUUGUCCAGACUUUUAUGUAACACUGAAGGUGCUUCUUGACUGCUUCAGUAUCUUCUGCCAAGGAUAUCAAUGAGGCUUCCAAUACUGGUCAAAAUUUUUUUCUUAAAAAAUUGAUGUGCUGUGUCAGUGGUUCCUUCAAGUUUCCUUCCACUGCUUACCUGUGAUAGUUAAAACUGCUGGAACCAAGGCCCCAGUCUGUUCCUGAGUUGUCUAACAGGUUGUUGGACCUUCUUUUGAGGCCAACCAGAAGUUCUCUUCCUUUGACUCCACAUCUCCUUCCACUCCUAAGUUCUUCAUCAAGGACACCCCUUCCAAGUUUUUUCCAUUAGUGCCUCUGAGGGUCAUGAAUUCUCCAAGGAGAACUAUUAAAGUCCUCCAGUGGAAUGUUUCUCAGAAAUCUGCCAAAUGACUCAAAGAAGGUUGCCUACUGAAUAUUGCUGUUUGAUACUCAAGCACAAGCCUGUUUAGAACCUUUCUCUUAAUGGCAUGAGUUACAUAAAGAAAAACAUCUUUCUUAUUGAAAACUCUAACUCAUCAUUGCUAUGUGGGGGCUCAUGAGUACCCAAUCCCCACCAGCACCUCACCUUUAUGUUUCACCUCCUGAACUGCUUUACAGUAAGGUUGGCAUUCAAAUUCAAAUUAUCCAUCCCUGCUUGCCAUUUGGCAUGAACUUGCUGAAUCCACUUGCCUAUCCCCAAUGUUUGUGGCAAAGAGAGAUUGUUGUUUUGGGCUUGAUCCCAAGGGUCAAGACCAAGCCACCUUGCCACAAAGGUCUGGCUCCAAUAAUAGCCUCUGUUUCUUUUGUCCAGGCAAGGAAGUUCACUGUAUACUCAUACACUGACUCAUUUGGGUCUUGUGUAUCAUGCUUGGUCUGGACCACUUUGCCUAGAAAGACCAUAUGAUGGGCUAUUUCUCACUACAACACUGCUCCUUGAGUCAAUAGGAUAUGCAACUCCUCAGCCACAUCAAAGUGGAAAUCCUUAGAGGGGAUCUUUCCAUAACUUUAUGUCAUAUUAAUCAGAGGUCACCGAUCAUUGAGGUCUUGUAAGUUGAGGACCAAAGCAGCCCUGACCUGGCCCUAUACACAGCAAACAGCAAUGUACUGUGUUCAGACACCUUCCCAUCAGAACCAGCAAUUAGUUUUUCUGCAGUUGAAGCUGGACCACACAGGCCAGUCUUCCCUUUGUUAUUACAUCAAUAAAUCUGUCCCCAUUUCACUGGUUUUCUUGGACCACUUUUGGUCCUGACCACUGGGAAACCUUCCCAGCAGACUUGGAUCACCCUGCAAGAGCUGCUUUUUUUUAAAGAUGCUGUGACCUAGCCAUUGAGCCAUCCCAAUCUGGCCUUUGUCAAAGUUGCUGACAUCCUUAACUUUCUAUUUUUAGCAAUUGUGUCUUUUACAAGGGAAUUUGUUCAACUAUAUGAGACCAUUUCAAGGCAUGGUGUUGUGCUUUAGUUUUUUUUGUGAAAUGAUCUUUUUUGAGAUUAAAGAUUUCCAUAAAAACAUGGGAUUUGUUGAAACAGUAAUGCCGAAUGUUACCAGAUUUAUGUUUUAAAUGAAUGUGGUUGUGUGAUUGUGUGUGUUUGACACUUUUAGGACUUCUUUUGCCAUGCUCAGUUCUGGUCUGGACUCAUGAACAUGACUCGAGUCUUCAAGCCAAAACAACAUCCUGAAAAACAUAACUUCAAACAUACCAAGGAAAGAAAUAUGCUACGCACAAACAAUGAAGGGGGAGGAAAGGAGAAAAUGAUAGAAAAGCAAGCACAGAAGAACAAAGACAAGGGAAAAUAUUCUGAUGAGCACAUUGAUGGUAUAAUUCAAACUACCUAUCCACUAGCACUUGACCUUUACAGCAGAGGGCCAGAAUUAAUGGCUCAUAGUAUUCAAAUAUAGUGGCAUUGGUUCAGUGUUGGCUGAUAUGCAAUAAAUAUUCAUUAAUAAUGCAGUACAAGGUGAUUUAAUAGCACCGGUGUUAUCAUCAGUUGCCCAGAUUCAGUUGUUUACAACACUCUGCAGUCUUGGCAGAGUUACAUGUCACAGCAUUUUAUUGUCAGUAUUUUAUAUUUCUCUUACAACCAAAUAUUGGUGUCCAUAUCAGCCCCUGAAAAUCUCCAAUCAGAUGGGAUCUACUGUUCACACGAUGACAAUGGCAGCUUCCAAAGGUCCACCAAGCUUAGCACAGGGCUCCAAAUAAUGAUGAAGCACAUUGUAAGUACCAUGAGUAUAAUUUACCAAACAUUUAGCUUUGUUUAACUUUAUGGGGCUGAUUCAAUAAGGGCAAUGUAGACUGUCAGUCUUGUCACUUGAACUGCCUCUUCAAUUUCUGCUAUGUCUGUAUUUACUGUGUUAAAUGUGUUAAUAGCAUGUUAAAGGGACAAAAUUGAGCUCUGAGCGAAAGGAAGACACUGUCUGUUGUACAGAGCACACACACACACAAAAAACACGCAAACACACACAAUGUUAUACACACACAUGUAUGCGGCCUGUAGAUAUUACCACCAUUAUAUCUUAUCUUAAUCCAGCCUGGCCUCUAAUGCAAUGUUGAGAAAUGUAACUGCUGUAUGAAGCACAGUGGCGCACACAAGUUCAAAAACUGUUGUAGAGCAAAAAUGUAUGUGAGUCCUCGUCACGAUUCAAUGGAUGUAAGUAUUUUAGCUUCAUGCGACAAUUUUGAGCCUUAUUUCGAUCUUAUGUGAUACCACUGCAACAUUAUUUUUGUCUGUUUGUGCAAAGAUUUUUCUCAUGUCUUAAAGUUUCGUUAGCAUAUAGAAUGUAAAGUAGUGCUCGCCAUAUAAGGUAACGUCUAAGGAGUUAAAUGUAGAGAGUGCAUAAGCUAAUUUGCAGCGUAUCUAGUUAAGCAAUAAGUCUGUAGUCUCUCCCUUUAUAUGGCACUGGCCUGUAUAUGCUUUGUACAUAUGAACAUAAACACAGAUGAGAUCUACGUACAUGCUUUUGUACAUAGGAGAGUUAUGCAUUUAAAAUCCAACAGCCAUUGUUAUUUUUCAGAGGACAUGAAAUUGUUUUUGUACAUGAGUGAAUGAUUAAAAAACACCUUAAAAUGUAGAGGUUGUGUUUCAAUCAUGUACUGAGGCCAUGAGCUAAAAUCCAAACA